AUGGGUAGGUCUGAAAAAUGGACUAAAUUAACGCAGUAGUCAUGAAACCCCGCAAGGUGUGCCGCACUUAAAAGGGAGAAACCGCAUGUGAGAACAUUAAUUUGAAAUAAAGUAUAUCCGCUGUAAUAUUGGCCCUAUCAUUGUCGACAAAACCGUCACAAGCGCAUCAAGCGUAGGGCCUUCCAGACGGAAGCAGCGUUUUCGGGAGCUUGCGCAUAGAUGAAAGAGUUUUCCUUUUACUUUGGACUGGAUUUGUGACACGUUUCUUUUUACUUUCACCUUCGUUUAGCUUAAAAUUCUCGAUCUGAGUUAUGAUUUUAAGUUGAGUUAAUUUGUUAACUGUCGACUUGUCGUGUAAACGAUGCAGUUCCACUGUCCAGUUAUCGUUUUCUUUGCAAAGUAACUAAAUGAGUCUUCUUUUAACUAUCUCAACCUAGAUAUUAACGAAUGCGAUGAAAAAAGUCAUGAGUGUAGCAAGAACGCAGAUUGUAAAAACACAAAGGGAUCUUACAGAUGCAAAUGCAAGACUGGUUUCUCUGGAGAUGGCUACAACUGCACAGGUAUCCCAGCAUUUUUGUUCUGUUGUUAGUUGACUUCAGGCAGAUUAGCAUUGCACUGAAGACUUGUGAAUGCGUCUCUCUCUCUCUUUUUGUUUGAUUAAUGUAUAAAAAUCUGGUUCUAAGUCCUGGCCUGACAGUCAAAUCUCUCUCAAGGAACACCUCCCUAAAGCGCAGACCUGUAGAGUUGAUUCCUGCGGGCGGGAAAGACUGGCAUUGAGAUUCGAUAUGUCUUGUUAUGUUUAGAUAUUCAACAAAAAUCAAUAUGGUUCGACAUAAAAGGAUAACUAUGAUAAAAGUACUGAACUGAAAGGCUGGCACUACUGUAAGAAGGUAUCGACAGUGUUUUAUUCUGUGUUGUAUGCUUUAAUGCAUAAUUUUCAAUGUUUUUCGUGCCGCGUGCUAUUUGGUCUGUGAAAAUGAGUGACCCGUAUCCAGAGAGUAGAUCGGAGUGUGCGGAUUGUAUCCGGUGCGCGGCGGGUUGGUAAGGUUGGUAGGAUGAAGACGAGUGCUCCGGGUUUUUGUUGGCAGUUCCUUUGGUGACUGUGCCUUUUCCCAUUCUGGCCCUUUUUCCAAACAAACAGUUUCUCUGGCGGUUGUUCAAAUUUAAAAACAUUUCAAAUAAAAGUUAAAUAAACACGGAUUUCAGCUAGCGUGAUUAGCAUGGUGUAAAGCCCUUGACAAUAAUUUUUGGCGCUUCAAAAUUAAUGUUUAUUCAUUUCUGUUUAUUAUAACCCGAAUUUCACGCUAGUUUGUCUUUGGUUGAAAUGGAAAAGAGGGAGGGGAUAUUGGACUUAAAAAAGAGAGAAGUCAUCGUCCUUGAUAAAGGAUAAUGGUACUGGAGAUGUGGGGGUUGAAAGGGUUCACAGUGUUACAAAAUUAUCCUAGAUAUAGACGAAUGUCAGGAAAGCAGAUGCGGAACGAACGCAGCUUGUACCAAUACAAAAGGAUCUUUCAGAUGCACCUGCAAUGAUGAUUACUAUGGAGACGGAUACAGCUGCACAGGUAUCCCAGUGUUUUAUUCCGUUUUCUCCACAGAGAUCUUAUGAAGUCUCACAUUCCCCAGAUCAAGCGAUUGUAGAAGAGGCGUAAAGCCUUGAUUACUACAAUUAUUUUCCCACAAACCUUGAUAAGCCUCCUUAUCAGGUUCUACCUAUAACACAAUUAAAUAAUACUGAAGUGUUAGGGCCGGCUUUAAGAAAAAAUUACAUUAGCUUGUCACAAUCAUUCUUCGCUCAUCAACAAAAUAUACGUUCGUGGAGUCUAUGUGAGCUUGAAAUGCGGGUAAAAAUACCAGAUAAUUAAAAGUGAGAUAAAGAAACAACAAGUGAGGCACAAAAAGCAUCUUAUUUAAUUCUUCCGCGAAACAAACUAGUCCCUUAAAUACCAUCGUAUUGUUUGGAGGAGCCCAAUAGUCACUCAGGUAUAUUGCAUUCAGAGGGAAACUGACGUUUACUUUGAAUUUUCCGACAUUGAUCGAAGGUAUUAAAAGGUUAAACAAGAUUGUAUAUACAAAAUUAUCAUGCCUAAAUAAUUUUUUAUCGUUCGUAUAAAAAUUUAAAAAUUUGAUAAUUUUCCAGUGAAGUUAACACUGGUUCGAGGUCUCUUAUAGCAUCAUGGAUACACAAAUUUAUGUGAAAACUUCAUUAUUACCCUCACGGCAAUCUCACGGCGUGCUACAGCCAUUUUUUAAAAUAACGUGCCGUGUAUAUUGUUCCCCUAGAAUGUUACACUAUAUUUGACUUCGAAGACCAUGAUUUGUCAAACUGGACUUUGAAUGGUACAGCAUUCAAUAAUCAGCCAACAUACGAGAAUAACACGUUAUCAAGGAAGAAGAGGGCUUGGAGCAACCACAAAGGGGAUUGGUGGAUUGGUACCUAUGAGAAUCGGUCCAGUCCCUCUGAACCGUUUGGGAGAAAGCAAGGCGAUGGUCCUCAAGGCUCAUUGGCGUCACCUAGUUUUCAGAUUACUGGAAAGUUGCUUACCUUCCUGAUUGGAUCAGGCUGCCACAAGAGUUUUCCAAACAUUCGUGCUGAGCUUAUUAUUCGUGGGGAAGUGGUUCGUGACGAGACACCGAGGACGUGUGAUGAAGCUAUGAAAGAGGAAAGCUGGAAUGUAACAGAUUACGCUGGUAAAAAUGCCCAGUUGCGUUUGGUUGACACUUCCUCAGCGGGCUGGGGUCACAUCAAUUUUGAUCACUUACAAGCUUGCCAUAAACUUAUUGCAGACCCGGAUUCUUGA